GUGCAGGAAGGUGUAAUCUGACACGGAGUUUGGAAACCAUAGCCACGCCGUGUACACAGAGGGAGCUUCUGGAGACGGUCUGCUGCCGCACUCACUGCACGAUGCUGGGCGCGCUGAUCCUCGCCUUGGCCGCGCUGUGUGCGGGGCAGAGUGCAGACCUGUCGCUCCCCUUCGCCCAGCCCCAGUCCUGCCCCAGCUCACACUACUACGACGUCUCAGCCUUGAAGUGUUCAGCGUGCCCCCCGCAUCUCAGGCGGAGCGCCGAUGGACUCCGUUGCAUCUGUAAAGUUGGUUACACCAUGGUUGACACUGGAUCACCCAUAGCAGAGUGCAGUCUGUGCAACCAAGACAAUCAAGUUGUGUCGGUGGAUGGGAGGCUAUGUUUGAAAUGUCCAAACUGCAAGCAAUGUGGAGGCUCGCUUGUCCAAGUGGAGAAUUUGCCUUUGAGGACAGCGAGCUGUGAAGCAUGUACCAACCAGACUGUGCCCAACGCCUUGGGGAACAUGUGUAUCCCCUGCCAUGAAACUUUCAUUUGGACCACCAACAGUUGUACGUGUCCAUCUAACAACUUGAGAGGAGGACUUUGCUUUGAAAACACAAGAAUACCGGCCAGUUCGGGAUCAAUGCCAGAUUCCAUCUGGUAUGAAAUGCACCUUCAAGCAAGCUACCUGGCAUGUGCAAACACGCAGUACAGUAAUCAGACAGCAUGCCAGCUUCUCACUAACUUGGUGCUGCUCGAUGUAAACGGUUUGGUCAGCGGUGAAGCCCUCAUUCUGUACCGAAACGUGCCUGCCAUGACUAACUACCUCCCGAAACUCUUCUACGUGGACACGAAUAUCGCAGCAUCUCUGGGGCAAACAGCCCCCAAAGGGCUUUCUUUCCAGAAGGAUUCACAGAUCGUCUUAAAAAUUGUGAAAUAUGACGCUCGUGGCAAUUUUCUGGGUUGGGAAGAUGUCAGAGGAGGUACUUUACAGCUCUGUCCCGACACGCAAACAUUGCUCGACGCGGCGUACAAAUUUGGCUCAUUCUAUGCCCAGUCGUGCACAAUACGAGUCUCUGACCUUCUCCAGCGAUUCCCAGAGCCAGUGCUUUAUGAGCUCUUUCUCCACUACAAGGAUAACCAAGGACAGUCAAAGGUGUGGCCUGUCCCAGUACGCAGCCUAAAUCUAGACAGGAAUGGCUUGGGAGCUGGAGCAGUAAGGAGAUUCUUUUUGGUUGAUGGACUGACAGGGAGGAAGGGCAGUCUCAGUAACCCACCGAGCUACGUCAGUUAUGCUAAAGACCUGGUCCUAAGGACCUACCUGCCGACCAGCAGCCCAACCAGUGAGCCACCGUUUUUACUGACUGUACGAUAUGCGCAGGCACAAGAUCUCCAAGAACAAGCUCAGGUGACAUUUGGUGUUCAGUAUGAAAUGAACCAGGCAGCGCAUAAGAGAGACACAGAUAUCGCUCUGGGGGUCCUGGGUUCUUUGGCUGUGUUCACUGCCAUGCUGGAGACCAGCAGCUGGAGACGGAGGAGCGGACUAGAGUUCAUCGAUGUUGUGACUAUUGUGAAAUAUCUUGCCUACUUUGCUGGAGCCCUGUCGAACACCUUCUUCCUUGUUACGUAUGGUACCGGUGUUUACUGGCUUAUUGCUUACAAGGGCCAGCAGUCCACAGUUGAGAUUACACUGCCACCUGCUGGUAGUGAGAUUGAAACCGGCUUCAUCAUCUAUGUGUCUUGUGCUUUUGCGCUGAAGGCACUGCAAUUAAUUCACAUUAUGAUAGUUCAGAUGACAGUAUCAAUCUUCCUGAUAGAUUGGGAAAAGCCAAAGGGAAGACAGUUGGCUAAACCAGCAGAAAACAAGCCAAGCCCCUCAUCGGUAAGCAUCUGGCGUACCUACUUCAUAGCCAAUGAGUGGAAUGAGAUUCAGACUAAGAGGAAGAUAAAUCCAAUCCUGCAACUUAUUCUUAUUCUUUUGCUGCUGGAGGUUAUUGGCAUAAAGAACAUUGCGAGAAGAGACCUGAAUUUGAAUCUGUACCCUGGAUCUGAUGUUAAUCUGGCGCCUUGGAGCCCAAUACUCCGAUACGGGAUAUCCAUAUCAAUGUGGCUGGCUGUGGGCUUGGCUCAGACGUUCUUCUUCGUCGGGAUCUGCGAACGAUUUGUUGAGGACAAGAUAAAGCAGUUUGUCGAUUUGUGCUCCUUGAGCAAUGUGUCAGUCUUCAUCUUACUGCACAGGUGUUACGGUUUCUACAUCCAUGGCCGAUCGGUGCAUGGACAUGCUGAUAUUGGAAUGGAGACAAUGUAUCUUAACCUCAAGAAAGAAGAGGAUAAUCUUUGUGCAAUGCGAGGUCUUGAGCCCAACAUGGAGGUACAAACGUUUGAGGUGCUUCUUUCGAACAAGGUUAGACAACAAUAUGACAGGAUACUAUCACCACUGACCGAGGUGGCAAGAAGGAAUCAUGGUGGACAUGUAGAUUCACCCACUAUGCAGCAGAACUUAAAGGCAUACUUCACGAUGAACAAGUUCCUUUCAUCCUUCCUUGAACACGCUUACAAAGACAUGGACUACGUUGUGAGGGAAAAGCUUUUCCUGGAGCGAAUCUUGGACUUUGAGUUUCAGCGAUCAGAUGACAGGAGCUUCUUCUAUAAUGAUGAGCGGAUGCUCUUUAGCAAUGUUCUUUACUACGGCCAUGAGUUGGUGCUGCUGCUGUUUGAUGCUCUGCUCUUCUCCGUAGUAGACCUGGGAACACAGGACUUUGUUCUGGCAGCAAUCAUCACCUACCUUUUACAAAAGAUUCUGGAAACAGUAAGGGAGGCAAUUUCAAGGAGAAAUUUGGCCACAAAGACAUUAGUUGAUGAAAGAUUUCUCAUCUAGAACGUCUCCUCUGUCGAGGAUUGCUGUAUGGACGGGUCGAUUUCAGUUCUUGCAGCACCCACACAAGUGUGACUUUUAUACACGGAUGUAUCAGAUCCAAUGUUCAUUACCAGAUGACAGUGGAUGGUGAAGCCACAGUAGAAAACCUGGCACUUCACAGAUGGAAACAGCACGGACACAGUUAAGAUGGUGCUAAGAAAAAAGGGAAAUUAAAAGCAGACAGAUUGCUGACUGAAGUGGAGACUCGAGUUUCCCAUCUGGUUCUGCUUCUUUUGAAGACGGCAUUUACAAGUUUGCUUCAUGCUCAUUGAAGACGCGAGGAACUGCGGGUACUAGUUUAUCAAAAAAUACACAGAGUGCUGGAGUAACUCGGCUGAUCAGGCAGCAUCUCUAGAGAACAUGGAUAGAUGACGUUUCAGGUCGUGACCUUACUUCAGAGCACCGAAACAUCACCUGUCCAUGUUCUCCAGAGAUGCUACCUGACCGCUGAGUUACUCUAGCACUUUGUGUCUUUACUGCCCAUAGGUGGUGGUCUUCUCAAAGACCAAUUUCCUGGUGAAGGCUUCUCAUCUCCACAAGCAGAUUUGAUUACGUUUCUGAAUAAUCUCCCCUGUUGAUGACCAACGCUAGGCUGUUAGAUGCCCUACAGUUUCACGAUACAUUUGCAAUUCCAGAUAUUAACACCCAUUUUAUUCUCCACACAUUCCAACCAAUUUUCCUCGGAUUCUAUCCACUCACCUACAUACUGGGUGCAACAUUCAGUAGCUUAGUUUAGUUUAGAGAUACAGCGCGGAAACAGGCUCUUUGGCCCACCGAGUCCGCGCAAACCAGCAAUUCCGAUACACUAGCACUAUCCUGCACACAUUUAAAGUUUUACCGAAGCCAAUUAAUCUUGACGUCUUUGGGGUGUGUAAGAAAACCAACACAGGUCACGGGGAGAACGUACAAAUUCCAUAUAGACCGCACCCAUAACCAGGAUCGAACCCGAGUCUCUGGCGCAGUAAGGCAGCAACUCUACCACUGCGGCAUGGUAGCCAGUUAACUACCAAUCAUCACAUUUUUGAGAUGUGGUGGGAAACCAGAGCAUAAAAUGAAAUCCAGUCAGAAUAUACAGACGGCACCAGAGAGCAGGUUUGAACCCAGGUAUCUAGUGCUGUGAGGCACCAGCUGUACUGCUGUGCCACUCACCAACCUUAGGUAAUGUGUGACAACAUUAUUGAAAAUGCUUUGUAUUUUGUAUUCCCACUCCUGUGUUGAUAGUUGGAUGUGUCCUAUCACAUUGAUCCAUAACUAGAUUUGAAUCACAGUAUUUCACUAUUGAACAUCUUUUGUAAACUUGUUUUUAAAUGUUGUUUGUUUAAAUACGUAGCAGAUUUUACACUUUUGUAUUUAUACUCAAAUAAAUGCUUUAGAUUUAA